CAUGUGGCCAUGGCAUGAUUAAAGAUAACAAUAUUUACCUACAGAUAACAAUAAUCAAUAUUUCUACAGCAGCCGUAUUUAGUAUUUACUGCAAUUCUGUAAACCACAAUAGAUUAUUUGAGGCGUUCAGUACAAAAAUCGGUCUGACAAAUAUUACUUACUAUAUAGUAAUAUAGUGUAUACAUUAUAUUUUAUUUAAUAUAAACCAUUUUGUAAUUAUUAUUUAUUGUAAUAAUGUCAUACACAAUUCACGAUAUUUGUAUUUCCAUUUCACCAUUUCACUUAUAGUAAUUUCUUACUUGUCCGGUAAUCGCAGAUUCUUUCUUCGCCGCCACAGCCUGUUGCCUGUUACGUAACGCCAGUGAAUAAUAACGUAUCCGUGAAAUACGAUUAUUGCCAAUAUAAUGGCCAUCACCGAGUAUGUUGGGUACAUAUAUUGGAGCGUGUCGACGACUGACUACACAAUCGAACUGUUUUGUAAUUUUUAAACAGCGAGACUGCUGUGUCUAAACAACCCAACCGUGAGUGAACGACCGCCACCAGUAUGUCGAGGUAAACAAAAAUCAAAAUCUCUGGAUAAAAUAAUGUACACUCUUCUUAUUAAUUAUUUGUCUGCCUCCAAAUGGUUUCUUAAAAUACCUACUAUAUUAAUAACUUGUGUUUUUAUUUUUACCUAGCAUCUCUUUGCUUAACAAUAAAAACCUAAUUUUGUUACACCUAAAAAACUUCUGGUUAUGCGCUUUAUGAUAAAAUUAUAGUUUUAUGAUUCCAGAACUGGAUUGAUGUAAAACAUCAAAUUAGAUAUACAAUGUGAUGCAGAUGCUACUUUAUAUCUGAUUUUGUAUAACAUUCUUUGAUUAUAUACAUAGACUGAUGGUUAAAUUAGUCUAUUUAAUAUAUUUUACUUUCCAUUGAAGUCCAACAAGAUUAUUAAGUUUUAAUUUUAGAAUCAAAAACAUGAUUAUAAUUCAUAUUUCAAAUAUUCUCAUUGUAAUAAUAAGUAUUAUAAAAAAAAAAUGAAAUUCAAAUUUUUGAUCAAAGGAGAAUAUUAAGGCUGGAAUAAAAUCUUAGAAACACUUGAAAAAACAUAUACUGUGCUUAUCCAUCAAUUUUUUAAAACAAUGUGACAUGUAUUAUAAAAAAAAUAAUUAUAUUUUUAGUUUUAAAUAAUUUAUUAUGUUUUAGGGAACUUUUAAUUGUAUUUGUUUAUGACUCACGAUUCUGUACUUCUGAAUCAGAUGAUCCACAAAAUUCUAUUUUAUACUUCCAUCCACCGUGGGUAAGCUCUUCCCAGAAGCUUGCCUUAAGUGGUCAACUAAUGGGGAUUGCCAAAUUUUCGUCUUCAGCUUUUUCAGCUCUAUCAAUAUUAGCUUUACGAUCUGGAAAGUUUGCAUUCAAGCAAUUUGGCUCUUCAAUAUUGGUAAUUACGCUGUAUAUUAGUUUUUUCUAAACUAUUUCAAAAUAAUUUAUAAAAAAAAUUGAUUUAUUUCAUUUUAUUUUUAAAGAAAAACAUAAUAGCAUCAUAAGCAUAUUAGAUUUGUUAACUGACUUUUUUACUUUUUGGUAUAUUACAGUGUGUUGGAACAGAUAGGAAUAUUCCAGAUAGUGUGCUCCAAAAUCGUGCAAAUACUUUACACAAUAUUUUAGUUACAUUUCACUAUAAUAUCACUGAAAUAUCAGAUCAAAAUAUACUCAAAGAGAAAUUGAACACUGCUAUUUCUUCAUAUCUUUCACUUUUACUUGUAUCUGCAAAUAUUUUUGGUACUACUAUAGUACUUAAAUUUCCUAAGGUAUUAUUACUCCUUUCUAAGUAAAUAUAUUAACCAUAUAAGCUAUGUUUAAGUAUAUAAUGUUAUAAUAUUUUCUAGAGUGGAGGAAAUGUUCUUUUGGAAUCAAUGCAAUUACUGGAAAGUAUGCAAGAAAAAACCAAAGUUUUGGGAGGAAUGCUACUUCAUCACAAUAAGUAUGUGAUCUCUUGUAUCAAUUUAGUUAUCUUUAGUCAAAUGUUUUUUUUUUUUUUUUUUUUUUUUAUUGUUAAAAUUGAACAGUAAUUUAGCUAAUAGUUAUAAAUAUGUUUAUAUUGGUGACAUUUUUUUUUUUCUAGGAUUGUUGUAACACAGUUUGGAUUUGAACUAACAAAAUUAAUUCAAUUAACAAAUCCUUUUUGUAAUAAGGUACCUAGUUAAACUAAACUUAAUUCAUUCAAUUCUUUUGUUUAUGAAAGUUGUAUUAACAAUUUUGUUUUCCAAAAAUUAAUAAAUUAUUAUAAUUUUUUUAAACUAUAGAUACCUGCUGAAAGUGUAAAUGGGACUUUUCAUUUACCAUUAGGUACACAGCUCUUCUAUAUUUUUGUAGACAAAGAACAAGUAUCUCAAAUAAGAAAAACAGCCAUUUCACUUAAACAAUCAGUAAAAAAAGCAGCAAAAUGGCGUCAAAAAAAUAAGGUUAUUUAAAUGUUGUAUUAGUUGUUCAAGUACCUAUUUAAAUUAUUUAUUGUUUUAUAAAGUUGUAUAUGUUUAUUCAGACUUUUGAUAAAUCACAAGAUUGCACAAAAAAUGAUAAAAAUCCUGAUAGUAAAAAUAUAUUCACAGUUGAAGAAGAAGAUACUCCUGAUAGUAAUUGUGAAUCAAUUUGUAGCAUGCCAGAUAUUGUAAAGGAAUCAAUUAUCAAAGCAGAAAAGAAAUUAAAUGCACGAAAAUAUUCUACGUGGGAAACAUCACUGAAUGAAAUGCCAAAUUUUACUAAACUUGUCACUCUAAGGUAUGACAUUCAAUUUUUGAUUAUUUCAUAUUGUAGAAUUUAAUUUUUUUUCAGAAAAGAUAAUACAAGAUAUCAAAGCCUUAGAUCAUUACCAAAUACAACAAACGAAGAAGAAUUAAAAAAUAAUGAUAAGUAUAGAACAUUGUGUGACCCGUCUUUUCCACUAUUGCGCGACGAUGACUAUGCUAUUUCUAAAGCUCUGUAUGACAAACAAUUAUCUCAACAUUAUACAGACCUAGAUCUCAAAGUACAGACUGAAAAAGGUAAAUAUUUUUUUAUUUUUUUUUUAAUUUCUUCAUAAUAUUUUACGGUUCAAAAAUGUUAAUUUAGAAAAACAAUUGAAAUUGAAAAAACCUGUUCGUCCAACUUCAAUACCCCUUAAUUUACAAGCUCUUGGUAAGUUAUUGGUAUGUUUUAUUAUUUAGAAAAUAAAUGUACAUGUAUUUAUAUUAUCCAGAUAGAAAACCUACGAUCAAAGAAGAUAUCAUGACACCAUUGAUGGCUAAACUUAGUAUGACAGACUCAUAUCCUUUUGCUGCAUCUACAGAGACUAUUUGUAGAACUCCUUCUACAAGCUUUCAACCGCAAGCCAAUGCCUCUAGCCAUCAAAAGUUAAUUUUAUUUAUUGUUGGGUUCCAAAAUACUUCAUUAAUGGUUUUAUUAGAAAAAGAAGCAGAAAACGAUCCUGAACUAAUUCAUCUAUUAGUAAAGACAAUUUAUAAUUACAAUUAUUGAGCUGUGAUUAGAUUUAUAAUAAUGGUUUUUGGUUUUCAGUGGAACUUAAGUAUUAACAAUCUUGGAGAUUUAGAAAUCUUGAUAAACAAUACAAUCACUAAUGUUCCAGACACAUACUGCUUACAAAAUAAUGAUGAAUCAUAUGGCUACAUAGUAAUGGACACAGCUGAUGCUGGUAUGAUUGACAAACAUGGCAAUUGGUUAGGUUCACAAACCGUUUUAGCUACAUCUAUACAUGAUAUGUUCCAAAAACAUUCCUCAGUUCUCGAUAUUAUUAUCAGGUAUAUAUAACUAAUUGCUUCUAAUAGCAUUUUUUUUUUUAAAAAAUCCUUAACAUUAUUAUUUCAGGAAUGAUGAUAACAUAGUUUAUGGAAACAAAUGUGGCAGUCGAGAAUUGUUUUAUCAACAGAGUGGUAAUAUUGUCAGUGGUUUACCCACACCCUCCGAUAUAAUGGGUGUUGUAUCUACUACUGCAAAAAGAAAAUUACAAAGAGACCAUGGUAUUAUAAUUUUAUAAAUUUAACCUGAAUAUUAUAACAUAUUAAUCAUAUUGUAGGAAAUCUAGAUUUUUUUUAAACAAUUUUAUUAUUAUACCAUAAUAUACUUAACUUUGUAUACAGUAUUACAGUGAAAAUUAAUUGUUUUUUUUUAGUGUGUUUUUUUAUAUAUUUAUAUUAUUAUUAUGAUUGAAGUAGUUAUUAAUUUGUCUAUUGACUACUGUACUAUUGAUAUAAUAGAUUAAUUGAUACUAAUUAGAUAAUAAAUGUUAGAAUAAUAAACAGUCUUAAUAUUUUGUAUUUUAUACCUUGUAAACUGAAAAUAAUUAUUUUUUUUAAAUGUACAUAUUUAAUGUGAAUUUUAAAUAUAUUGUGUAUUAAAAUUAAUACUACCAGUUCAAUUUGUUAACUAUAAUUAUCUUUUAAUUAAUAGGUUACUUUUUUUAAAAUAUUACUAGUCUAAUGAUUUAACUUGCUAGGUUUAUAAAUUAUAUCAAAAGUUUUAGUGCAAUGUUAAAACAUAUUUAAAUAAGAGGUUCCCAGAUUUUUUAGUAGUCCAACAAAUGUUUGUAGCAUACUACUGACUGAAAAUAAUUCAAUAUAUUGUAUCACAAUAAUAAAAGUUUUCCAUAAUAGAUCAUUAUAGAAUAUAGAUAAUAGGUAUGCUACAUUGAAUGUGAUUUUUUUUGAUGACCAUCCCCCCUCCUAAUUUGUUCCUUAAUAUAUAAAAAUGAUCUGUGUGAAAUUUGGUAAUGAUAACUUACCCCAUUCCCAUG